AUGGCACAAGAAGAAAAGAACACGAAUCUUGAUUUGAAUCUUAAACUCUCAUUGCCGGGAUUGGACCCGGAGGAUGAACCAUCAAAUCGAAUCGAAAUUUCUUCAUCAUCAUCGUCAAGCCAACAACAUUCUUGUAUGUCUUUGGACAUAAACUCGAUCGAUAGCACCAACUUGAUUGAGGUUCCGUCGUUGGUUUUGAUGGGUUGUGCACAUUGCCUCAUUUAUGUCAUGGUGUCUGAAGUAGAUCCCAAGUGUCCAAAAUGCAAGAGAACCGUUUUGGUUGAUAUGUUUCGUCGAAGGCCAGCUAAGAAAGCAAGGAAGAUCAACUUUUCGCACCCAGAGUAG